CAGAGACGGAAACCGAGGCCUACGAUCUGUAUAAGUUUCGAGAAGCGGGUGAAAUAGCGGCUCCGCCCUCAAGAAAUGAGGCGUUUGGUGAAGGAAAACAAAGGUUUUUAACAAGAAAUAUCUUCCUGACUUCAAGAUUUCAGGAAAGAGUAUAUUGCAACUUUUGAGUCAAGCCUGUAGGCAAGUGGAUUGACAGACCCAUUAAACCACAGAAAGUGACCUGUUGAGAAAAGUCAUACAUAUACUGAAAAAAACCUGCUCUUCUGCAUUAAGGGUGGACAAUGUCACAAGUUACAACAACUUAUUCUUUCGAUGCUCCUACGGACUUCAUUAAUUUUACAUCUUUGGAUGAUGAGGAAGAUUCCGAAAACAUAGAUUCAUGGUUUGAUGAGAAGGCCAAUUUGGAAAACAAGUAUCCUGGGAAUGGGACAGGAGAGAUUUUUCAGAGUAAAACUUCUGUGAAAAAGGCUAAUCUUCAGCAAGCUAAUGACACACCUUUGAGACCAGUUGACAACAUUUAUUACAAAGAGGCUGAAAAGGAAAAUCUUAUGGAAUAUUCCAUUCCUUCAAAUGCUUGUUCUUCCCUGGAAACUGAGAGAGCCGUAUCAAGAAAUACUCCAACCCAGCCUCAGAGAAGAUCUCUUAGACUCUCUGCUCAGAAGGAUUUGGAGCAAAAAGAAAAACGCCAUGUUCAAAUGAAAGCAAAGAGAUGUGCCACUCCCGUAAUCAGUGAAAUACCACCUUCCAAAAGAAUGAAAGUUUCUACCAACAAAAAGAAACCAGAGGAAGAGGAAGGAGGCAGUUCUCAAGAUACUUCUCAAAAGGCUGAAUCUUCCUCAGAGAAAGUCAAGGGCAGACAUACUAUGACUUGCACACCAUUCAUAAAGCAGAAGGUUUUAAAAAGUACUGAGGAGCAAGAGUUGGAGAAGAGAAUGAAAAUGCAGCAGGAAGUAGUGGAGAUGCGGAAAAAGAAUGAAGAAUACAAGAAACUUGCUCUUGCAGGAGCAGGGCAACCUGUGAAGAAAUCAGUGAGCCAAGUAACUAAAUCAGUUGACUUCCACUUCCGCACAGAUGAGCGAAUCAAACAGCACCCUAAGAACCAGGAGGAGUAUAAGGAAGUAAACUUUGUAUCUGAACUUCGAAAGCAUCCUUCAUCUCCUGCUCAUGUGCUUAAGGGAUGUACCAUUACAAAGCCUUUUAACCUCUCCCAAGGAAAGAAGAGAACAUUUGAUGAAGCAGCUUCUACAUAUGUGCCCCUUGCACAGCAAGUUGAAGCCUUCCAUAAACGAACUCCUAACAGAUAUCAUUUGAGGAGCAAGAAGGAAGAUUUUAAUGUGUUACCUUCCAAAUCAUCUGUGACCAAGAUGUCCAGAGACCCACAAACUCCCUUACUACAAACCAAAUACCGGGCAAGGCCUGUUACCUACAAAAGUGCAGCGGAACAGGAAGCUGAGGAGCUUGAGAAACUGCAGCAAUAUAAAUUCAAAGCACGUGAACUAGAUCCCAGAAUUCUUGAAGGUGGGCCUAUCUUGCCCAAGAAACCACCUGUGAAACCACCCACUCAGCCUGUUGGCUUUGAUUUGGAAAUUGAGAAAAGAAUCCAGGAGCGAGAGCCAAAGAAAAAAUCAGAGGAUGAAUGCUUUGAAUUUCAUUCCAGACCUUGUCCUACCAAGAUCUUGGAAGAUGUUGUGGGUGUUCCUGAAAAGAAGGUACUUCCAAUCACUGUCCCCAAGUCACCAGCUUUCGCAUUGAAAAACAGAAUUCGAAUACCCACCAAAGAGGAAGAGGAAGAGGAUGAACAGGCAGUAAUAAGAGCUCAACCUGUGCCACAUUAUGGGGUGCCYUUUAAGCCCCAAAUCCCAGAGGCAAGAACUGUGGAAAUGUGCCCUUUCUCCUUUGAUUCUCGGGACAAAGAACGACAGUUGCAGAAGGAGAAGAAAAUAAAAGAACUGCAGAAAGGGGAGGUGCCCAAGUUUAAGGCCCUUCCUGUGCCUCAUUUUGACACCGUUAGCCUGCCAGAAAAGAAGGUGAAGAAUGUGACCCAGAUUGAGCCUUUCUGCUUGGAGACUGACAAAAGAGGUGCUGUUAAGGCACAGAUAUGGAAGCACCAGCUGGAGGAAGAACUGAAACAACAGAAAGAAGCAGCUUGCUUCAAGGCUCGUCCAAAUACCAUCACCUCCCAGGAGCCCUUUGUUCCCAAGAAAGAGAAAAAAUCAGUUGCUGAGGGCCUUUCUGGUUCUCUAGUUCAGGAACCUUUUCAGCUGGCCACUGAGAAGAGAGCCAAGGAGCGGCAGGAGCUGGAAAAGAGAAUGGCUGAGGUAGAAGCCCAGAAAAUCCAGCAGCUGGAGGAGGCCAGGCAACAGGAAGAAGAGCAGAGGAAGGAGGAGCUGGCCAGGCUACGGAAAGAAUUGGUGCACAAGGCAAAUCCAAUACGCAAGUACCAGGCUGUGGAGGUAAAGUCAAGUGACCAGCCUCUGACAGUGCCUGUAUCUCCUAAGUUCUCCACUCGAUUCCACUGCUGAACUCUGCUGUGAGCUGCAGAUGCUGCUUGGAACAGGAGCUGCUCCUUAUAUCACACCAGGCAUGGACCUACUACCCAUGCCUAGAAGAGCAUACCUGACAACGGUGGACUCCAGUUUUGUUGAGAAUUGUUCUCAUUCAUUUUUGAGGCUAACAUUGAGACGUGGUUCAUCUGUGUCUCCAUCAUACUCCUUGUAGUUAUUUCCUUUAAACCAUCAGUUGACCUUUAAUAUUGGACUUAACUCUGACUAGGAUUUUAGGUGUCUGUGUCAGCACAGUGCAAUUUCUAUUUCUCUUUAUCCCCUUCCUUUUUAUAUAAAUAURUGUGUGUGUGUGUGUAUGUGUGUGUUUUAAUCAGAAAAUAAAGUAGUUAAAUCCUCAGAUAGGGUUUAAGUCAUGGUUUAAAUGAGGAAUAAUUUAUACCAGAUUUUUUUUCAUCUCUGCAUGAAUAUGAAUUUAUAGUUCAGGAGUCCUGCACCAGUGAGCAGGUAGAACAACACAUGGAUUCAUAGGGAACCACAUGGCACCAUUUGCAAGCUUCUAGCAGAGCUGCUAUAGGCAUAGUCUCUCUCAUCAGUGCUGAUUAUAACAGGGAAUGGUGCCGCAUGCAUUUUAAGACCUAGCCUAGCAUAUUAUGUUUUGUUCUACCCUUCCUGAUUUUGUUAUUUAAUGUUAAGUCUGUCAGGUCCCUUUAGAGGUCAAAUCUUACUGAGGAAUGGGUAAUUGGAGAGGUGGGUCCAGGAACUUUUAAGAACAUAGGCUCUGUGCUUAAAGGAAAAUGCUUUGUAACUUUUCUGUCUUAAUGUCAGAAUAUCCUCCACAUUUUGCUACCUCCCUCCCAGUAAUCACCCAGUCAUGUGUGUUAUGCCUUUGCAUAGACUGAGCCUUUUUCCCUAAAUGAGCUGCUUCUCCUCUUGUAAAUUCCUCCUUUUAAGACUUAGCUCAAGUAAAAUCUUUUAGAAAUUUUUUGUUAACCAUCUGGCCUUCUCAGAUAAGGAGGGUCCUUCUUUCUUAGUGUCUCCAAAAUGUUUCUUGUAUAAAAUCUCUCUAAGAGAGCAAUUAUAUUACAUCUGAGUUAUUAUUGUUCACAAACUAUUAUAAUAGAGGUGUCAGUUCCUUGAACUCUCUGUGUGUGCGCUGCUGGGGAUAGAACCCAGGGCCUCACACGUGUUAGGCCCUCCUCUACCGCUGAACCACAUCCCCAGCCCCAUCUCUCCAUUUCCGUGUUUUUUGUGGCUUUCACAGAGUUGGCUUGGGUCUGUGUUAAAUAAUACAUUUUCUUUCAGAUUUCAUUUAUUUUUGAGCAUCUACUCUGUCAAUUAUCUUCCGCACCAUUAGAUAUAGAAACAUUAGUGUUCUGUGUAGGCCAGUUCUCAGCACUUUGUGAUAUUAGCCCUAUUUUAUAUUCAUCAUUUUAUUCUCUCAGUGAACUUUUGUAAACCUAUUGUGCAGGCCAUUGUAGAUUCAGCAGUGGGUGACUGAACAAGAUAGUGUUUUUCACAGUGUGAUUUGCAGGUUUCUCAUCCUCCUGAAUAUCCACAAACUGRUACAAAAUGCAAUUCCUGGAUUCAUUUCCUAGAAGUAUGCAGUAUACAGUUGCAUGACUACUUAGUCCAUUUAACAAAUAUUGGGUGCUAUAUACCGUGGCAUUGAAUACAGCAAUGAGCAAAAACAAAGACCUUGCCUACAUGGAGCUUACAUUUUAAAUGGGAGGGAGAGAGUAAGGGAAUAACGGGGUCCUUCUGUCUGGUGAGAGGUGUUCCCAUUCUGCUAUGUGAGAAUAAACUGGGGUGGCGAGGGGAGCAUGGGAGGUUGUAACUGAGAGAGUGAGAGCUGGUGAUCGCGGUGGAGAUGGUAAGAAAUGGUUGGAUUCUUUAUUUUUUUUUAUUCUAAUGAGUUACACAUGACAGUAGAAAGCUCUUCAGAAAUGGUUGGAUCUUGGAUGCAUUUUGAGGUUGUAACUGCUGAGUGUUGCUAACAGACUGGAUGUGGAGAAUGAGAAGGGAGUUAAGGAGAGCAUGCAGGUAUCAGCCCAAAGGCAGCUCCUCCAUCCCUUGAACUGUGAGAAAUCUGGUUCUACCUUAGUCCUUAUAUUUGGGGGUGGGGGCGGGGGAUUCUCAGAGCUUUCUUUUUUCCUGGCACCUCUGUCGUUUCUUCACUUGAGAAACCAUCUCUUGAUYCCUUUUCUGGGUCCAUCCUAUCCUGACUUUUUUUCUCUACUUGUAACUGCAGUUCUCCUAUAACCAUUCACUGUCAUUCAUGUAUUUCCAUCUGAUAUUUUAUUCAUAUAAAAUCAUUUUUUGAUUUUGAUUGUUUCAGGUGUAACAAUAAAUCCAGCCCUCAAGUUGAGAGUUUUGGGAAAAGUGUUAUUGAGAAUGAUUAACUUAAGGGAUCCUUCUACCCCAUUUGCUUCAUUCUAUAUUAUCUCCUGCACAGUCACAUCAGAGUGGUAACUACGUAGAGCCAGAGGGGUGGACAGACUACAGUUGCUCCAAUGUUUUAACAGAAAGGAGACCCGGACAGGUACUUAUAACACAGAUGGCAUGUGCUUCAGUAACUGAGUGAUGUGGGAACUAAGGGACUCUCAUUGGAAGCAAGGUUGCUUUUCAUAAAAUGUUUUCUCUUUUUUGGUACCAGGGAUUGAACUCAGGAGCACUCGAUCACUGAGCUACAUCCCCAACCCUAUUCUGUAUUUUAUUUAGAGACAGGGUAUCACCGAGUUGAUUAACACCUCRCUUUUGCUGAGGCUUGCAAUCCUCCUGCCUCAGCCUCCUGAGCCGCUGGGAUUACAGGAGUGCACCACCACAACCAGCUUGGUUUUCUUUUUUUAAAAUAAAUAUUACAAAAGUAGUACUGCCUCUUGGAAACACACCAGUAGACAUAAAAUAAAACCUGCAAGUCUCCUUUCUUCACCUACUCCCAUCCUCUGGAAGUAACCCCUUGUUCACAGUUCUGUAUUCAAGAWUGUUUACAUGCACACACAUUUAUAGAGAAUUUCCC